CCUAACACUUCUCUCCUUAAGUCCCUCUUCUUUUACCGACUUAAAAUCCUCCAAACUCCUAUAAAAUCUCCAAAGUCCCAAAGUUUGUUUCUUUAUCGAUCAACACAAAGCAAUCUGAGAUCUUUUACAUCAUCAAUGGCAUCAUCCGGUCUUACAAGAUCAGGAAGUGCACCACAAUUCUACCUAGACGAGAAGUGGAAGCUGUCAAAGAAAGACGGAUUCAGCGGUGGCAUGUUGAAGAUCACGCGCUCCUCGUCCAUGUCGUCUUGCCGCGGCAAGAAGACACAGAAACACGGGAGACGCGCUUUCACGAGGAAGUGCGCGAAAUUGGUCAAAGAACAGAGAGCUCGCUUCUACAUCAUGCGUCGCUGCGUGAUCAUGCUUAUUUGCUGGAGAGAUAACUACUCUGAUUCUUAAAAAAAAACAAACACAAAUCUCUCUUUGCUCUGUUCUGAAACAGAGGUCGAUAGAUAUACAUGUACAUAAAGUGUUCUGUUUUCUAAUGGUUUCUGCUUCUUUAGAUUAGUUUAGGUUAUGUAAUUUGUAUGUCUGAGCCUUUGAUUCUGGAAAGAGGUCAUGUGCUUCAAGAUCAGUUUCAGUGUGCUGAAGUUUAACAAGAAAACCAAAAGAAAAAAAAAACAGAAAAGUUGUAUAAUAAUUCAAUAUAAAAUAGUGAAAUAGAUUCUCGUU